UUGAACUCACAGAGAUCCGCCUGCUUCUGCCUCCCAAGUGCUGGGACUACAGGCGUGCGCCACCACGUCCGGUUCACAGUUUGGAUUUUUGAUGUGUCCUAUCACUGGCCAAUCUACCUGUCCACUCUCGGUGGGGAGGAGAGGUCCCUGCAUGCUGAGUGUCUGCGACCCCUAGGUGUGUACGGACUCCUGCGGCGCCCCGAGCUGGGCCUGCCCGGAGGGAGACCGGAAAGAGCAGGAAGCUGGAGCAGCCUGGGUGCGCGGGGUCCGGGAGCAGGCCGACAACACAGGAAGGCUCGAGUGGACCUCCGAGAUCCGCACCGGGACCUGAAGCGGAGAGGCCGGGGCUGCCGGGCGAUUCUCCUUGUGCUGGUUCCCCGCUGCUCCAUCUGCGAUCGCCGCCCAGGGCCUGAGCCCGUGUGGGCACUCGGUUCCCGGCUGCACCGCCCGCCACCGCGCCCAUGGAGCCCAGGCCGCGCUGCAGCCCGGCAGAGCCGGGGCGUUGCCUGAGCGGCCCGCGCGCCUCAGGCCCCGCGACCUCGGUAUCCCGCCUGGGUGCUGCAGUGGCCGAGCUCGGGAGCUGCCCUUUCGCCGUGGCCGCCGUGCUGCCGGCCGGGGGCUGCGGGGAGAGGAUGGGCGUCCCCACCCCGAAGCAGUUCUGCCCGGUCCUGGAGAGGCCGCUCAUCAGCUACACCCUGCAGGCCCUGGAGAGAGUACCCUGGAUAAAGGACAUUGUUGUUGCAGUAACGGGAGAGAACAUGGAAGCAAUGGAAAGCAUUAUUCGCAAGUAUGGGCACAAGCGCAUCUCACUAGCUGAGGCUGGAGUGACACGCCACAGGUCAAUUUUUAAUGGACUAAAAGCCCUGGUAGAGCAUCAGCCAGACUCCGAACUCACUAAGCCAGAAGUUGUGGUUAUCCAUGAUGCUGUAAGACCUUUUGUUGAGGAAGAUGUCCUCCUGAGAGUUGUCACAGCAGCUAAGGAGCAUGGGGCGGCAGGAGCAAUUCGACCUCUGGUGUCUACUGUCAUCAGUCCCUCUGCUGAUGGCUGCUUAGACCACUCACUGGAACGUGACAAGCAUAGAGCAAGCGAGAUGCCACAGGCUUUUCUAUUUGAUGUGAUCUACGAAGCCUAUCAGCAGUGUAGUGACUAUGACUUGGAAUUUGGAACGGAGUGUUUGCAGUUGGCCCUAAAAUACUGUCACACUAAAGCCAAACUGGUAGAAGGAUCCCCUGACCUCUGGAAG